AUGUCUCGCAACGUCCGCCAAAAAUAUCCCCCCAAGCCGGCCCGGGUUCCGAAAUCCCGGGACUACGACUCGUCGUCCCUCGACCUCUCCGACGACAGCGGCUACUCUGGCGUCGAAGAUGUUACCGACUCUGAAGACGACGACGAGGAUGUCUUUGCGGCCGAGGAGGAGCACAUAAUCAAUGCAUCUCGCAAGCGAGCAUUGGAUCCCCCUCGGCCGCUAGUAGCCGAUGAAGAUGAUGACGCAGACGAGGAAAGCGAGGCGGAUGAAGAGGACGAAGCCGAGCCGGAGGAAGCUGAUCCGGCGGAUGAUAGUGCAAGCUGGGACGGCUUCUCGUCGGACCAUGACGAGCUCCUUCCAGCGCAUCCCGUAACCCGCGACCUACUUGAUCAGGUCUCCAUCACCCCUGGGCGCCAUGUUCGCUUCGUUGGUGUUCCGGAUAGCGACACAGACUCGACGACGAGCGAGACCAGCGAGGUCUCCGACAUGAAUGGCUUCUUCCCCGAUAUCUUUGUUGAGCAGAGCGCACUCGACCCCAUGUUCCGCCGAGAAAUUGAGGACGAUGAUGAAACCUCAUCCCAAGGCUCGUUCUGGGAUUUCCACAACGGCUCGCAGGAGAUCGCCGCCCGUAGGGCCGAAGAUGAGGCCGCUGUUAGAGACUUUGACCUUGACAUCGAUUCCCUGGCGACGCCUAGGCCAAAUGACCCGCCCAUCGACAUGUCCGCAACCGUCGUUAACACUGCAGAAGUGCAGGAUCUCGACGGUUACGAGACCGACGGUGAUACCACGGAAGAAGAUAUUCCAGAGCCCAUCAUCCGCAAAAAGCAAAUACGACGCUCCCGCGCGGUCGACGCAUCUUCAGACUCUGACACGGAGCGACCGGCCAGUUGCAAACCCGGCAAGCCUCGCGUUGGCCGGUUCAAUCUCGACAGAUCGGACAAUAAGCCGAUUGGCGUCGUCGAUCCUGCGACCGGAAAGAUGAUUAUUUUCACACCCCGCAGAACGAACCAGCUCGAUCUUUCACCGGAGUCCCUCCACCUAGACUUCUCUGCACAGGAUUUAGCCUCGCCCCUCGUCAGAAACCCGGGUUUUGUCAUGAUGGGUGCCAUGGCGUCAUCCAAUACUUUUGGCGACUUCAUGAACAUGCAACCCUUCGGCCCGACCGAAGCAUUUUUCCCUUGCACCCCCGGCAUAUUCCCCGGCGAAGAGGAAAGCGACGACUCAUACUUUGCCGGCAUUGAGGAGGAUGAAGAAGAAAGCCUCCUCAAGAUUGAGGAUUUUGUAACGUUGAAUAACGACUCAUCUGACGAGGAAGAGGAGGAACCAUUCUCGCUUUGGAACGGGGAUGUCGCUUCCAGUCCCACCCGGCCCAAGACGGCCGCUAGCAAUGCAAGCGCGGCAGCCGAAUCCGCACCAGCAGCACACCCGCUGCUUACCCACUUCGACAGCAAUUCAGAUGUCGUAGGCGCUUUCCGCCGCAAUCAGAUAAACCAGCAGCUCAUCUACAGCGACAAAGCGAGCCAAGAAUCUCUCGCUUUCUCUGGCCCGUACUAUCAUGGCACGCUCCGCGGCAUCAAGACUGGGAGCAUGGAAACCGUCACAACGCCCAUCACGCCCAUCCGCCGGCAAAAGCGGAGCAACACGAUCGGCAGUGGGUUCGGCGAUAUCCAACAGAGCAGCCCACUCAACGUCGUCUCGCAGAAGAGAAAGGCAUCCGGUAACCACGUCGACGCCAACCUGCACAAGCGCCAUCGGAGCAUCUCGGAGAUGGAGAUCUUGCGCAUCUAG